CCGUGGGCGGCCAGGACGCGGCGCGGUGCCGGCGAGGGCACAGCUCUGACAGGGGUCUCCGGUCUGCGCCACGGGAGGACGGUAGCUUCCGGGCCUGCAGACAGGAGGAGAAGAUGAAGGAAGAUUGUGCACCCAGUUCUCACGUGCCCAUCAGCGACAGCAAAUCCAUUCUGAAGUCGGAGCUCUUACACCUGCUGAAAACCUACAACUGCUACCACGAGGGCAGGAGCUUUCAGCUGAGACACCGAGAGGAGGAAGGGGCUCUGGUCAUCGAGGGGCUCCUCAACAUCGCCUGGGGGCUGAGGCGGCCCAUCCGCCUCCAGAUGCAGGACGACCGGGAGCCGGCGCCUCUCCUCGGCCGCCUGGACGCCGGGCAGCCCAGCUGCCGCCUAAAGGAGCCGCUUCUGCAGGGGGACACCGCCCCGCAGCCAGACCUUCAGCCCUCGGAGCACAGGCCCGAGAGUGCCAGCGACAGCGCAGGGCCCCUGGAGGAGGGCGAGGAGACCCCACAGCUGAUGCGCACCAAGAGCGACGCAGCCUGUGUGAUCCAGCGGAGGGCCCGGUGCCGCGCACCCGAUGAGACCCAGAGGACCCGGCGACACCGCUUCUCCAUCAAUGGGCACUUUUACAACCACAAGACCUCCGUGUUUACGCCUGCGUACGGGUCCGUGACCAACGUGAGGGUCAACAGCACCAUGACCACCCUGCAGGUGCUCAGCCUGCUGCUCAGCAAGUUCCGAGUGGAGAACGGCCCCAGCGAGUUCGCACUCUACGUUGUCCACGAGUCGGGGGAGCGGACAAAAUUAAAAGACUGUGAGUACCCGCUGAUUUCCAGGAUCCUGCACGGGCCCAGUGAGAAAAUUGCCAGGAUAUUCCUGAUGGAAGCCGACCUGGGCGAGGAGGUUCCCCAUGACGUUCCAAGCCCUGCGUCUGACGAUGCUGCAGCGCCUGGAGCAGCUGGUGGAGGCCAAGUAGCCAGCCAGAGCCCGCCUCUUCUGAAGCCGCCAGCAGCCAGUGCACACCCAGUGCCUGCGAGCGGGCCCUGACUGGCGGCCCCACCUGAGGAAUCAGCACCUGCCUGCCUGCCUAAGUACCACGAACCCCAUACCCCUGGUUCUUAUCUCCGAGGUGAGCACUCGCAGGACCCAGGCACUGGCCUGAGUAGCAGGAACUUGCUGGUGGGGUUUCCUGCUGGUUUAGUGGGAGCUGCGUGAAAGUUUGCUCUGGGCAUUGAACAGCCCUGGCGCUGACACCUGCCACGUUAUGUGGCUGGAUGGCGUGGCUCGUCCUGUGCACGCCACGCCUCCUGCUUAGGAGAGCAGUACCUCCAGAGCCCCUGGAGCUGGCGCAGCCCCGCAGGGCCCAGCCCCGUCCUCCGCGUCCACGUGAGCCACCUUGUGCUGCGCUCAGGAGCUCUGCCGGGAAGGCGGGGCUGCCUGCAGGGGUGGAAUGUGCCUGCUCCCAGCAUCACUCCCCUGGCGUCCCUGGCUCCUGGCCUCCAAACAUCUGCUGUCACUCCGUGAGCCUCACACAGCCCGGCAGGCCGGAGGCAGAGGCCGGACAGGAAUAAGACCACGAGCACCUCGCCCUCUCUCUGCAGCACUAACUCUCACCUUCCUCAGCAAGACCUGAAGGAAUUCUUAUGAGGAACUCUCUGCAAAAACAUGCCAAUUUGGUCAAGGGGAGGAGGUGGCCCACAUGGCGUUGGGUGUACGACCCCUUGUGGGAGAGUCCUGGGUCCAGGGGCUGCUGUCAACGGCUCGAGAAGGCAGUGCCCAGGCCCCGCCACCCUGUCCCUCUCUGGGCUGCAGCCUCCGUGCGAAGUACGAGAAAUAUCAGGAGCUCUGCCGGGAAGGCGUGCAAUGAGGAGAAAUGUCAGCCUGAGGAGAAAGGGCUUUGAAUUCAUUGGGGCCAGACACUGAACCAUUUGGGUUUGUCAGCUGAUGGAGAAUUUCUGGAAGGAAUAAGAAGUCUUUUGCAAAACUAUGCAACAGUUGAUGUCAGUCGUGGUGUUUGUCAGCCAACUAAAGACCAAAUUUCUUCCCCUGCUGGUGGGUGGCAGACUUCAAGGGAAGAACCAGCGAGGCCUCCAAAUGCAGGCGGCGGGAUCCCCCUCCGCCUCGGCAGCGGCUCCUCGGCAGCGCCCACAGGAGCAGAGCUGGGGAGCAGCCAGGCUGCGCAGUUUGCUGUCUGCGCCCCUUGGCGGCACAGUUUCCGAGGUGCUCAAUAAAGGUGCGCUCCCCUGAGCUGGAGGAGUCAGGA